CAUUCUUUCUGCCUCCUCCAGAUGGUUUUGACCUGAGACGUCACCUGGUCCUGCGUCCUCGAUAGUCCUCCUCAAGGUGGGCUGGUGGGUAUUUGAACACAGGCAUGUGAGCAGGCAGUAAACAUGACCCUGCUGGGAGGUGAUGGCUCAGACUACGACUACAGCGCCCUGAGCUGUGCAUCUGACACCUCCCUCAAUCAAGCACCACCGCCUGAACAGGAGGCUCAAAAGGGAGCCUACUACAGGAGGGCACAGCGAGUCCAAGAGGUCAGCACCAGCCCUGGGGAAGCGCCGCUGUCCAGCACCCGUAAACUCUAUGCCAUCAUCAAUGUGGGAGGCCUGCGUUACCAGCUGCCUUGGACCACCUUGGAGGACUUCCCCUUGUCUCGUCUUGGUCAGCUGCACCUCUGCAGCAGCUUUGAUGAGAUCAUGCGGAUCUGUGAUGACUAUGAUGUCACACUCAACGAGUUCUUUUUUGAUCGCAGCCCCAGUGCCUUCUGCACCAUCCUGACCUUCCUGAGGGCGGGAAAGCUGCGCUCCCUCAGGGAGAUGUGCGCCCUGUCCUUCCGGGAGGAGCUGCUUUACUGGGGUGUACCUGAGGAGAGCCUGGAGUGGUGCUGUCGCCGGCGUCUGCUGCAGCGUGUGGAGGAGUUUGAAGAGAUGGAGAGAGCAGAGGAGGAGGAGCUGCUGGAGGGCCUGUUGGAUACAGAUAGCAGCCUGGGGGAUCCCAGACACACAGCGGCAUCCAGGCUGGAUUGGUGCAUGGGGAAGCUCAGAGACAUGGUGGAGAGGCCUCACUCGGGCCUGCCGGGGAAGAUCUUUGCCUGUUUGUCAGUGUUGUUUGUCACCAUCACUGCCAUCAACCUCUCCAUCAGCACUCUGCCUGCCGUGAGGGAAGAGGAGGAGGCGGGCACGUGUUCCCAGAUGUGCUACAACAUCUUCAUCGUGGAGACGGUGUGUGUGGCCUGGUUCUCUCUGGAGUUCACGCUGCGCUUCAUUCAGGACCGCAGCAAGCUGACGUUCCUCAGGCAACCACUCAACCUGAUCGACGUGGUGGCCAUCCUGCCGUACUACAUCACCCUGCUGGUGGACAGCACCUCCAAAGGGGAGAAGCGGCUCGGCUCCGGCAACAGCUACUUUGACAAAGUGGGUUUGGUGCUGCGCGUGCUCAGAGCCCUGCGGAUCCUCUAUGUGAUGCGGCUGGCUCGCCAUUCGUUGGGCCUGCAGACUCUGGGCCUGACGGCGCGUCGCUGCACGCGGGAGUUUGGCCUGUUGCUCCUCUUCCUGUGUGUGGCCAUCGCCCUGUAUUCACCCUUGCUGUACCUGAUUGAGAAUGAAAUGGCCACCACGCAGGAGUUCACCAGCAUCCCUGCCACCUACUGGUGGGCUGUCAUCACCAUGACGACGGUGGGCUAUGGGGACAUGGUACCCAGGAGCAUCCCGGGUCAGGUGGUGGCUCUAAGCAGCAUCCUGAGCGGGAUCCUCCUCAUGGCCUUCCCCGUCACCUCCAUCUUCCACACCUUCUCCAGGUCCUACAUAGAGCUGAAGCAGGAGCAGCAGAGGACGCUGCACAGGCGGACGCACUUCCUGCUGCGGAGCCGCAUGGCCAGUCUGGGAAGCAACCUGUCCCUGGAAAGUGACAUGCUCUUCCCCAUGGGGUCAUCUGAGGCCCGAGAUGACUGAGACUGAUUUGCAGG